GGAUAGCACAUCAGCGAUAAUGCAGGCCCUCAGCUCCAAGCACGCGCUGGGCAACUGUAAUGUUGCAGCGUCGCGCAGCUCAUGCGCGCAGCGUCGCGCUUUCGUGCCUACUAUGCCAGUCAUUGUGGCUAAGCUGACAAGCGCAACAUGCUCUAGUUCUAGUUCUAGCCCCGUCGCGUCGAGGAGCUCGCAGCGCGCAAGCGCGGGGCGCUCGCUCGCAUUGCAAAGUCGCGCUCAGGCCGUCCAAACUGCGGACGCUACCACUACCAGCCAGGGCAUUGCGCAUGGCGUGAGGGUCGCGGUCGUUGGCGUUGGCCUGAUGGGCAACAAGAUCGCUCGGCGGCUGGCGUCCCAGGGCGCACACGUCUCCGCGUGGAACCGCUCCGCGGAUAAGACCGCCUCGCUGCCUGAGGCAGGUAUCUCGGUUGCCGGCUCGGUGGCGGCCGCCGCCACCGCCUCUGACGUGCUGCUGCUGACGCUGUCAGACGCGGCCACUAUUCGGGAGACCAUCCUGUGUGAUGCCGUGCGGCCGCUGCUGAAGGGCAAGACAGUGCUGCAGAUGGGCACCAUCGGUCCCAAGGAAUCGGCAGCCCUGGCAGCUGACAUCCUAGCAGCGGGCGGCUCUUACGUGGAGGCCCCGGUGCUGGGCAGCCAGCCUGAGGCGGAGAAGGGCACCCUGCUGGUGAUGGUGGGCGCGGAGGCCGACCCCCGGGAGCCCGGCAGCCCGCACCACGACACCGUGUGGCCGCUGCUGCGCGCGCUGGGCCAGGAGUCCAACAUCCACUUCAUCGGGCCGGUGGGCACGGGCGCGGCGGUCAAGCUGGCGCUCAACCAGCUCAUUGCAUCGCUCACGGUGGGCUUCUCCACCAGCCUGGGCCUGGUGCAGCGCAGUGGCGCUGACGUGGACAAGUUCAUGAGCAUCCUGCGCGCCUCCGCACUGUACGCACCCACCUACGACAAAAAGCUGCAAAAGAUGCUGGACCGGGACUACGGCGCCGCAAACUUCCCCACAAAGCACCUGCUGAAGGACGUGCGUCUGUUUGAGAUGGAGGCUGCGGCUGCGGGUCUGGACACGCGCCUGCUGGCGGCGCUGAAGGGCGUGGUGCAGGACACUGUGGACCGCGGCCUGGCCAACACCGACUACUCGGCGGUGUUCGACGCAGUGGCGCACCCGGGAGAGCAGCAGGCGACCAAGCCGCAGCAGUAAAGGAGAAGGCUAGGUGUGCGGUAUCUGAGCUGGCGCCUGGGCGCAUUGCGGCAUGCGCCCAGGCUACCGGAGCACAGCAGAAGUCGCGCGGGAGGUGCACGAGCAGAGCACAGGGCGCAUGACACGAGUAGAUUGAGCAACGCAGCGUCGAAUGAUAUAUGUGCGCGUGGGCGGCGGCGACGGUGGCGGUAGGGUUGGCUCCGUGCCUGCUGCUAUGUGCUUACUUUGCCCGCAUCAGGCACAAGGGUAGAUACGAUACACCACCUCGUUGCGAUGCAAUAUGCGCAUGGGGCUGCCGCCCUGCAAUACGGGUGGGAGAUCAAGGGUCAUCACUCAUCAGAGUGCGUAAGCACGCUGAGAAGGCCAGAAGGGGCAUGCACUCCAGAAACGCUUUGCUGGGGCGCGUCAGGCAGCAUGUCACAUGCCUCGCCGGAACGUGGGCUGCUGGGGCUCUGAGUCGAGGCGAGUUUUGCGACAGCAGUAACCUAGGCUAACCUCUAUCAAAGGUGCCCGCAGUGCAGUGGCGGCGUAGUAACGUGGGUAGCGUGCGUGGGUAGUAAGCACACGGUUCUUCACUCCUGGGCGGUUUUGUAGCAUUGAACUGUCCAGUGCAGGCUUUGAGUCCGCAGCAAAUUUCCAAAUGAUAAGCUGCGUUUUCCGCGACGAGCUUCUGCAACUUGUGAGUGGUCCUUUGAGUGGUACUUCCUCGAUCAAGGCAUAACCUGGAUAGCAAAACGCUACCAAGGUGCUUUCAAAUAUAAAG